GGGAACACAUGGCUUGAAGGGCUGAAAAGCCUUAGGUCUUUCAUAUAUGUAAUGAUCUGUGGCCCAGGCCAUGUGGGAGUUUGGGGAACAUCUCAUCCCACCCUCUCCAUUUCCUCAGCUGAGGAAGACAGGGAUGGGCAAGGCCACUGGUGGAUGAGGAUAAGAGCGGAACAAAACAUGGGGGCACAUGACCCCAGACUUGCAAAGGAUGAAAGGGGAGACCCCUGUGAACAGCACUAUGAGUAUUGGGCAAGCCCGCAAGAUGGUGGAACAGCUUAAGAUUGAAGCCAGCUUGUGCCGGAUAAAGGUGUCCAAGGCAGCCGCAGACCUGAUGACUUACUGUGAUGCCCAUGCCUGUGAGGAUCCUCUCAUCACCCCUGUGCCCACUUCGGAGAACCCUUUCCGGGAGAAGAAGUUCUUCUGUGCCCUCCUCUGAGCUGCCCUGUUCUUCCUCACAACGCAUCAUCUUUCCCUCUCCUGGGCCCUUUCUUAGGUCAGUAACUGUCGUGAGCCCCUAAGGGUUCCUGCAUCACAUUCCUAGCCCUUGUCCAACCCUGUAAGGUUAUCUGAAGCACAAGGCCCUCCCUCACCUGUCUGUUGACCCCAUUUCCUCACCCACUGUGGCCGACGUGACUCGGGGCACCCUUUGCUCCACCCACAGAAGGGCCGUCAGACUCUGCCAGCGUCCUGCCCCCUUCCCUCUGUGACCUGCUCAGACAAUGGAGAGAGGGAUGGGCCGGGGGCUUGCUCUCAGUCUCACCUGGAGCUAUUGGGAGGGUAAAGCCAUUUGAAGAAUAAAGUCAUCCAGACUCUCAGAGGACA